AGAAGUGAUGCAAAACACCGGGUGACUAAUGUGUGCAUACUACGAUCAUCGUUGUUUCCCUGUUCCCGGUUAAGAAAUGGAACUUUUUCAGGCCCAAGAUAACUUCAUAAUUCUGAAUGGGCCGAAUAGUUUGUGGUGUAAUCGGCAAGAUGGACGAAUGCAACCACGCUAUGGUGAGCUGAUGGCGAACAACCGAAGCCUUUCCUGUGCUUGUUGUGGUGUUUUCUUUCUAAUGAAGAAAUUUUAUCCUUCUUCUGUUAUAGGGGUUGACCUUGGCGAAGCAUGGUCCUUGAAAUGUCGUGGAAUUGUUUACGGGAUCAUUGGAAAAAUCCAGUUUUUUCCAGGUAGACAGUCGGUGAUCAGUGAUGCAUUAGUUUAGGGUUUUCGCUAGAAAAUAUCCACCGUUCGUAACUUUCUUACAGCUAUUUUUAACUCUUCUCUUGCUGCAAUAUUCAGAAAUUCUAAAAUCGUGCUAUUUAUUUUUUAAAAUCUAAAGUAAACCCAGUUUAUAUAAGAAAUUUAUAAGCUUAAUCGGAGCUUACUUAAAAUUUCAAACGAUUCAGAUAUUUUUUGACAAUGUUUUGAUGGCGAAUUAAGCUUCUGCGUUUUUUUUUUUACUUUUUCAAAUUAUAGCUAAGCUUUCAGUUCUAUACUAGAUCGUAGAGAAUUAGAUGAAAAACACAAUAAUAGUGUCGUGAACGCGCCUUAAUUUAUUUUUCACACAGGAAAUUAUUCGGUACGAUCGACGGGCGAAGACGGGCUUAUGAAUGGUGCUUGCGGUGUUUAUUUACUAAUAAUCGAGAUGCAAUUUACAUCUCGUUCACGACAAAAGCUGGUGAUUUGCAGGCUUCUGCUGUAUGCUGUUCACAUUUUUUCAGUUUCUAUUGUUUUCUUGCAAGCAUUUUUUCGAAUAAUUGUAGUACCCUGGCGCGGGAGGCUAUAAUUUAUUUUUUCAGUCGCUGUGUGUUUAAAAUAUUUUCCCGGCGUUUGGUGCCAUUAAUUUUUAUUAAGCUUUUGUUAAUGCAAAUCGGCAUAUUUUCACUGAAAUUUGAAAACUUUCUGUAGCAAUGCGCAUUUUACUUAAGCAUGUUCAAGUACACAUCGUACAGUCUCUCCAAUUAACGACCUUCGUUGGAGAGAGUAUGAUUUGAGGUCUGAAACUUUAUAUAUUGCUGUGACAAUUUGUGUGAAAGGAAGGAGAACAUCGUUUUGGCUUUAGUUAAGAACUUUAUGUUUUAUGUUUGUCCACGUGCUUGUAACCUAACCUUUUUUGCGCUGAUACUAAAAUAAUACCUUGACCUCGGUUACAAAUCAAAUAAAUUUGUUAGGUUGUGAGUUCUCAGGGCAGGGUAGGGCGUUUGUCUUCAAACGUCUGUCAUGGGUGGGAUGUGAAUGCCAUAGUUGAGUUUCACAUUUUCUACUGCUGUUAAAAAGCAAAAGAUAUGGCAUAUGAGUUAACUUUAUUUCAGCAUGAUAAGAGAAAUCAGCAGUGCUGUUGGGACCAUGCAUUAAAAAUAAGAAUUAAUUAAACAGUAAGAAAACUAAAAAUAUAUGUAUGCAAAUAACUUUAGAAUUACAAAUCACAAAAAACAGAGACUGGCACACAAUAAAGUUUCUAUCUAUCUACAAGUGUAUUGGUUCUUCAAACCAAAGAUUCUGUCAUUUCAUUGUUACACAUUUAAAUAACAAUGAUAGUGGGAGUAUUAUAUUUGUUGAUCACAAUCGGCACAGUGCAGAACACUAUCAUCUCUACUUACAUGUAUAUCAUGUCUUUUCUCUUUCUUAUGUUUUUUUUUUCACAUUUAGUGUGUUUAACUUGUGUGUAGUUCAUUGUUGGUUUUUCUGUAUAUGGUAAGCACUAUGACUAUCUGCCGUGAAGGAAAAAGGGAAAAAAUGGGGUCAAAUAGGAAAAAUAUCAGCGAGUGAAGGGAGCCGAGUAGUGGAUUGGGGAGGGGGGAAGGGUGGCAGAGCUUGGAGACAUGCCUUUGAUGCCACCGAUCCUCCCUCCAGCAAUUAUCGUGUCAACACAUCAAAUUCUCAUCACAGAUGUCAGCGUGAGUUUAUUAUGUUGCUUCUGUAAAAAAAUAUUUGAAUUCAGCAUGAAGUAAGAGUGCAAGUAAAGAGAUCUACUUGACUUUGAUCGCCAACUGGAGAAACACCAGCUUUGGCGAAGAGAAAUAAAGAUGUUUCAGAGGAAAGUGCACCGGAUUCAAGCGGUGAACAACCAAACUGGUUCCUCAGGAGAUCCAGCAAGUUCGCAGUUCACAUCAUUAUGCUCGUUGACAUAGCUUCUUACAAUGUACCAAACGAAAUAUUGCUAUUGGUAGAGUUUAUAUUCCGUGAGGGAAAAAUGUGUCUGUUUAGCACCUUAUGCGACAGACGAUUCAGUUUGAGUGUAGUGUAUUCCUGUUGAAUUUGUUGUCCAUUUUAUAAUGCAUGUCUGCUGAAAAUCAUGUACAAGUCAGUAAUAAUCAUUUUCUCUGAUUUUCCUCAACCACUGUUAUUUUUGUCAGCCUGCGAGCAAAGGUUUGUCUCUUGCAUGCAUAGCUUUCAGCGUUUACGAAGUUGUUUGCAUCAUUUGUCAUUUGCGUAUUUGGUUUGCUAACUGGACUGACAAAGCAAUGCGAAUGACUUCGUAGACGCUAGCUAAAGCCAUGCAGGAGAGAAAUAACUGCUCACUCCACACAGUUGUGGUUUACACGUUCUCGGAGCUCAAGGCUUAGCUGUAUGCAGCAUGUAUUCGUUGCAUAUGUCCACUGAUUUCUGGGUUUUAUGACGCUUUCGGUAGGAGCAUGAUUAUAAUGCUGUGCCUUUUGAACUUUGGUUUGUGUGAGUCAAUCGCUUUGUAAAUGUGAUCAUGGUUAAUCACAGGAGAGUAUAAGAAAAGCUUGAUUUUUUUAAUGCUUCUUAUUCUUUUUGCAACAGAUCUUAGGCAUAUUUUUUGCUCUACUUGGAGCCGAUGGUAUCAGCGAAAAGUCCCGCUAGGAAGUUUUUAUUGCUUGCUAGAAAUCGUGUUUUAAAAGUAUUUUCCCAAAUAAUAUUGUAAAAGCAAGAUAUUAAAAGAGCGCGAUACUGCUGUCAACAUGAAGACAUCAGAGCAUGAUACCAGAAUCUGGUAUCAUGGAACGGUGGCAUCAAAGGCAUGUCUCCAGAUUCUGCCACCCUUUCCACUCCCCAGACUCUCAGCUUGCUUCACUGGCAGAUUUUGUUUGCCCUCACCAGUAUUUUUCUCCAUUUCACCCAAUGCAGAACAUGGUCCCAGGCUAAAAGACUAAUAGCUCAGUACUCUAAAAUAAUAGACCGUUUCCAAGUUUCUAAUUGGGGCGGUGUAAAAUACAGACUGCGGACUGACUGUGGACUAUUGUUUUUAGGGUUAGAAUACAAUGGGACUAUUGUUGUCACAUUCUCAUUGGCAUGGUGAAAACAAUAGUCUGCAGUCUGCAUUUUACACUGACCAGUCACUAAUCCUGGUAAUUCUCAAAUUCCCUCACAUUCAAAGUGAAGUCAAGCACAAAACCCUUCAAGUGAAAAUAGUGAGUUUUAUCUGCGUAAGAAUUAAAAAUCAUUUUUAUAUCAAAGGCUUCUCACCCAUCCUCAUUUAAAACACUGAGGCUUGAGGCAACUUAGAAAUGGCCUAUUCUAAGGCUUUUAAAGAUGAAAGUAUAGAAUGAAUGGAGAAAAACAAGUUAUAUUUUGGUGCCUUUUUUAAGCUCCAUGUCAGAGUUAAAUGUAAAUUUGCUGGCCCUUACAUGGGGGAGAGGAAACAUUUUGGCAGGGGAAGGGAUGGAGGCACUUGGAAUUGAAUGAGCCAUACAUGAAAUUAAAUUUUAAUUUCUGCUGUCAAAAUGGUGGGACCUUGCCAUUUAAAUAAAAUGUGGAAUAACUAGUGGUACUUUAGCUUGGUGCCAUUUUACAAAAUUGAUUAUGAUUUUUUUUCAUGAGUUUUCUUAACCUUCAGGUGCAGACUCACGAUUGUUAGUGAUAUCAAAGAGGACCCUUCUUGGCUGUUUGCCUGGUGGGCAUGAAGUUUACAGGAUUGACCGAGUCGCAGUAUUGACGCUAUCAUCUAAUGAAUCACCAGAAUUUGAACUUGAUGUAAGUUGGUAUAUAUCACCUGAAUGUGGUGUUAUUACCUUUUUUUUAUUUUCCAUAAAUAGAACACUAGACUUUUUUCUUGAAAGAAAUGACUAAAAUAUGUCUUAAGUGGGAAACAAACAUCCUUAGAGAUGAGGAAGACAUUCAUUUCUUCUAUGGCACUGAAGAUGCUUGAUUGGCGCACACAUCCACAUUUCUAUGAACGUAACGCUAGUAACUCCAAUUGACUAUGAGUUAUUGAGGCUAGUUAUGUAAUUUCUGUGAUGUUGGGCUUAUAAAGUGGAAGCAGAAGGUGUCAGCUUAUGAGAAUGUAAGAAUACAGAGUUUGUAUGGGAGUUUAGAAAAACGGGGUUUUGUGAAGGUGGUCGUAAGUAGAGCUGUCUGCUUUUGAGAGAGUCCGUAACAAGAGCUUCCCCUGUAAUAAUAGUAUUCAUACCACGGCCUAGUCCAACUUCUAGCAUGCAUGGGUAUUGAGUGACACCAAUGAUGAUGAUCAAGUUUUGCAUCAAAGUGGAAAAGUUAUUUUAGAACUGUGUAAAACUUAUGUACCAAGGAUCUACUGCGGUAUAUCAAAGGAGUCAUUGGAAAAGUCUCCUCUCCUGGGUGUAUUCUCACCUCGUGUCGGUUGCAUUACAUUUAUGGACAUUAACCCAUAAAAUAAAAGGAGGUUAAAGUUAUUUUUCACCUUAAAAUGAAUACAAUUCAGUUUCAAGUUCUUAGGUGUUGUAUGAGGUGAAAUAAUAAUCUAGUUAAUAGGUAUCUCCAUUGUUUACUACAUGUAUGUAAUUUAAAAACAAUAACCACAAAUUAAACAGCUUUGGUUGUAUUGAACUUGUGGAAAAAAUGUUUUUAGCGCUAUAAGGUCAAAGAAAAAGUCAGAGCCAAUUAAAAAGAGAUUAAAGUUCAUUGAAACCUUUGUGAAUCAAAUGUUUUGAUAUCAUUAUGGUGGCUUUUCUCUGGUAUUUUCUGGGGUAUUCUCAGCCAUGUUUCAGCAGCUUCCUGCAGCUUAGAGACACAACACUUUUCGUAUGAUAUGAGCAGUAUCAAGGAUGGCUGACAACUGUGUGCUUCCAAAAAUGACAGGCAGACUCAACCUCCCAUACCAGGCCUUUGCGUUCUUCAAGAUAGUUCCAAGUACACCAAUCACGAUGGUUUUUCAAUAACUGUCACUCUCGUGGCUCUGUGGAUUCUUUUGAUUUUGUUAUUAUGAUGAUCAUCAUCAUCAUCGUCAUCAUCAUCAUCAUCAUCAUCAUCAUUAUUAUUAUAAUUAUUAAAAUUAUUAUUAUUAUUAUUAUUCUGUGGUUAGCUUUGUGAACAGCACCAGAGAGGAGGUGGCCUGGGAGGGAUAGACAAUCAACAGAGGGGACUGGGACAAACAUGGACUAAAAUAAAGACUGCAGCUUCCACCUUGAAAGAAAAGGUAUUUGCAACAACAGUUGUCUGUAGGUCUAAUUUUGUAAAUUUUGCAUCUGCUCUCAAUCCUGGACAUUGAGUGAAAUUGUCAAAACUGUUUUGUGCCUAGUAAGUUCAUGUACUUAGCUUUCAGUUUGAAGACUUUCAUCUUUGAAUUUAACCAAAGAAUUAAAAAACGGUGCCUUGCUUACCUUCACGUAAUAUGUUAAAGAAUUAUUGUUGUUAAAAGUAAGCUAUGCAGUAUAAAUACAGUGUUAUUAGAAAAAAUGUAAUUUUGUUGUAAAAUUAUAUUCUUACAACGUCGCAUUUUUAUAGAACAUCAAGGACAAAGACUUGAAAGACAAAGAAAAAUUGGAGAGGAGAUUUGUUGAGGUUAGCAAACUUGCCUAAUUUCAGUAAUGAUUAUAUUGCGCAAACUGUUAUAAUUUUGUCACUAAUAACAGUGAUGUAAAAUAAUCCUGUUGCUUUAAUGAAGGAGUUGCUGAAGAUGUUCAAUGACUCCGACUCAUUUUUCUACUCACCAACUGGAGAUCUCACCAAUACCUUACAAAGACAGUUUAGUGGAAAAUAUAAUGCAGAAGAUCCACUUUGGAAAAGGGUGAGAAUUUUUUGUUAUUAAAUUUUUUAUGUGUUUUGAUUCAAUUAUUGUUACGUACUGAAAAUGAAAAACUCAACAACAAACAUUAAUGAAACCUGCAAUACAUAGAAACAAAAAAUAUGUAUAAUGUUGCAAAAUAAAAUAUUUAUGAAUAAAUUUAUAUAUACAAAUUUUGUAGUGCAGAUUUAAAAAUUAAAAGGGAAAAUUUGCCUAUCCUUCUCUAGUUUUCAAGAGAUCUUACAUUUGACAUUCUUGAGUUUACUGGUGAUUUGAUUGUCAUCCUUCUCCUCUUUAAGCUGAUAAGAAUGUGCCUAUACUUACAUGUGUCAGACACACAUAUCCCAAGCAAUUUUUCUCAGAGAGUGGUCCUUGAAGUUGGUCAUAGAAUAGAGUGUCCUUUCCUGUAUCUUCUCCUAAUUAAUUUCCUUUUUUCUUCUAGCCUUACCCUGCCCUUUUUGAUAUGUUGUCCCUUAGUGGUCAGAGCUUUCCUAACAGUAUUAUAAAACUAUUGUAAUAUCUGCUUUCCAGAUUUUCUCAAGUGAACUUUUUUAUCAGACUCUAGAAUCUUUACCAAUUUUUUAUACUCCAGAAUAUUUAGUUUAACAGUUUAUAGAUUGUCAUCACUAACAAUAGUUGACAUUUUUUUUCCCAGUGCGACAAGAGGUUUUUCUGGAAUGAGUGUAUGGUGAAGGAGCUGUUGACCAGUGAGGUGAGUCUUUUUAGUGAACUUUUUCAGGUAAGUGUGGUUUGUAGUGUGAGUGAAGAAAUGGGACCUGCCUGCCUGCCUUACUUUUUUUUUAGACCUAAUUUAGGGUUGUGGUGGUGAAGCAAUAAACCAUCACAUGAAAACUCUGAUUGGAAACCUUUUCAGUGUUUGCUCUACACUUGUCUGUGGAUUUACACUGUUCUGUGCAUAUUGAUGUAAACUUUAAUUGGCUUAAAUGCAUAAAUAAAUAAAAAAAACCAACAUACAUGUAGGGUAGCAAAUAAAUGUAGAAGUUGGUUGGUCAAGGUUCAAAUUUUACUGUUACUCAUGACUUUCACUUCCCAUACAUAAUAAUAUUUGUCUAAUUCAUUUACGCACAUAAAGUCAGUUAAAGUUUAUGUCCAUAUGCACAUAAAAUUUAGGCUUCACAGGGUGCCAAGAAAGUCAGUUUCACAGCCUGCCAUUCGGGCAAGCUGUAAUUAGCAUCUACUAGCCCACAAGUCAUUUCAACUAGCCCCAAAACCCUUUUUGAUCAGCAGGAUUGAUUACAAUCCUUCUGUAAUUUGAAUUUCCCAAAAAAAUAGCACUUGCCCGUCACGCAAGUUAAGAAAAAUCACUCGCCCGAUUGCAAAAUCCACUAGCCCCGGACUAUUGGACACGAUUUUCUUUGCACACUGGCUUCAGUGGAAAUCCAUCUUAAGAGAAAGGUAUGCUGGUCCUCCAGUUUAGGCUGGGGCUGAUAACCCUCGGAAAGGGGGGGUGGGGUACUCUCUUAUAAUGGCCCAUACGGGGAGGCUCUGCUUAAAAAGGGGUACACGUACCUUUUUCAGGCCUCAGAUAUAAUUAUGAAGGUAGCAUGCAAAGACAGUAGUCUCCGAUAGCCCGGGGCUAGUGGAUUUUGCUAUCGGGCUAGUGAAUUCUGUUUUUAACUUGCCCGACGGGCAAGUGAUGUUUUUCGAGGAAUUCAAAUAACAGAAGAACUGUGAAAUCAAUUCUGCUCGUCAAAAGCUUUUGGGGCUAGUUGAAAUGACGUCUGGGCUCGUAAAUGCUAGCUUCAGCUUGCCCGAAUGGCAAGCUGUAAAAAUGAUUUUCUUUGUACCCUGAAAGGCUAUGGAUUUCACUAGAAGAAGUAUAAAAAUCGACGCGGGAAAUCUAUCAUUUCCAUUUGUGAAAAGACUAAGAGGGCUAACAGAAGAUAAUGGCUGUGGAAUAGUCGAGAUAAUUUCCUGGUUUUGUUGUUUUUUUCAUAGUUUAAAGAUAGCGCAUUUACAGCUGUUAAACUUGAAGCAACGUUCUAAAGUAGAUAUGUGAAAGGGGUACCAUUUGUCGAUGAACGUCAUUCAAAAAGUGUACCUUUUUUAUCAAAAAUGGUAUAUACAAGGGUCAGAGAUUGGAUCUUGGGGUGGAGCCUCCCCAUCUAAAACUUUGUUGAGUAUCCCUCACCAGGAUAACAGAAACCAUAGAAAAUUCACAGACCCUCCUUUGUAGAGUAGAGGCCAAGACAUGUUGGAGCCAAGGCCAACAAAACCCCCUGUGCUAACCAGGACAUUUGGACACCAAGAACACCUUUUGAAAAAAAACUAAGGACGGCUAGUCAAAAGUUUUUACUGUUCAAUAUUUUAGGCAAGAUAAACAGAAUAGCAGGCAGAAAAGCAGAAAAGGCCUUAACUUGUGUGGUUUUUGUUUUUUAUUAUUUAACUUAAGGGUUGAGAAGACGGCAAAUAUUCCACUGAAAGCAGCAAAAUAAACGGCUGCUGGGUAGUUACGACUGGACUGAAAGUUGACCAUCCUGGAAUGACUUGGUGUAGGCAGGAACAGUGAAUAACGCAACGUGACGACCAGGAACCUUUUUCCAGUUCUUUUAGUUAUGAAAUUUGGUCAAUGGUAGCUGGUUGUGACGAACUGGUCAGGGGAUUUUAGUCAAUCAGGAACCGGAAAAUAUUUUGAAUGACUAUUGUUAGGCCAUUUUCGAGUUCCAAAACUCUCACUUUCAAAACUAGGCUAAGUGCAAAACCUUUAUGUGCAAAUGAGUUUCAUUGCAUGAGAAUUCAAAAUCAUUUUCAUAUCGAAGGCUUUACAGUCACUUAGCCUAGCUUUGAAACAGAGGCUUGGCGUAACUAAAGUUUCUCUUGAGGCCAUUUUAACUCCCAAGAGAAACUGAAGACAAUGCUUAUGCAAAAUUUUGGGGUGACAAACAGAGAGCAUUAUGGUAUGUUAUGGUAUUUUCUGGAGUGGUCAACUCUCUGACUAUCCGUAACAGAGGCAAUUAAUUCUUACUUACGUAGGACCCGAAUUCCUGCAGUUGGGUUAUCCCCGUUAUUCAAGGCUAUUGUAAAAUAGCACAUUGUGUAAACACAUUUGAAGAUGAGGAUGUAGAGGAAGCUGAGAACAGGAGAAGUGUACCUUUCCCCCCUGAAGAGUUUGAUUUGGUUCUUAUAUCCAGGAGGAGCAUACACCGGGCUGGUAAGAAAGAACACUGUGCAAAAUAAACAAAUUUCUUUUGAUUCGUAGAUCUUUCUUUUGAAUUGAUCCGUCUUUUUGUCUUCUUACAAACCAAUUGAAGAGGAGUCUUAAACACUUUCCAUUUUUACUCAAGGGACUCGUUACAGAAGGCGUGGUGUUGAUGAAAAUGGAGAUGUAGCAAAUUAUGUGGAAACAGAACAGGUUUGUAAAAAUGUAACGUGGACGAAAAAGAGUACAACUUCUAGCGGUUGUUUCAAAUGAUACAUUAUUUGCACUGAAGAUUCAACAGAGACAUUUAGAUUUUAGUGACAUUUACAGGCAUCAAACUCAAUUUGUAUCGCGUGACCAACUUCCUUUUUUCGUUUAAUCUAUAUUACAUUUAAAGAAAAAGAGGCAGUAUUAUACCGGUUUCAGCUGUAAGAGUUAUUUUGCAUGGACAGUUUUUCGAAAUUGUCGUAAACGUGAUUCGAAUUUCUUUUGACUUACCUUCAGAUCAGACUACAACGCUUGGCGGUAUUCAAUUUUUUGUAUAACCUUCACCAAGGAAAUACGACCUCAUUAAUUAUUGUUAAAUACGAUUUAGGUGUGUGUGAGAACUUCUCAUUUCGUACAUGACAAAUCAGCCGUCAACGCUCGUUUUAACCGACAACUUCGAAACCGCAAGGCCAAAAGUUGUAAGGCUGAAUGAAUAAGUCGAAUUGUUGAAUAGUGAAAGGAAAAUUGAAAAAGACAAAAAACGGAUCCAUGAAACUAAAUGGUGCUCAAUGACCAUGGUGUUAAAUGGCAAUGCGUCAUAUACCGCUAAGAGAAUCGUGUCUUGCGCUUCAGGAAUCGGGUAGCGCCCUACAAGAAUCGCGUAGCGCGCGCGUCUCGCAUAAGGGUAGUUCUCAUAUUCGUUGCAAAACCAUAUGAAAAAAAAUUCCCGGAUGAGGGCCGUACUUGUGAAGUGACAGGGCGGGAAAAACGUUUACGGUCCUGCUAGAAAAGCGUACUGACCGAUUCGGGUUCACUCCGUCACAAAAAUUCAAAAACACUACGGUCAUAUGAUAAAAUGCUGCGCUGGGUCCGUACAUCCUGACCUCGAGCCAAAUAUUUUCCCGUACCGUUCCCUGGCCUUCCACACAGCCUACAUGUUAUAGCGACAGUUACAAUAAAACUGUGAUGUUCGGGGCCGAAAAUAGUUUCCGUAAGUACGUAAUAAUAAGAGUUCGUUAUAACGGGAAUUUGUUUGGGCCAAGCAUCUGAAAGUAUAUUAUUUCGAGGUAUCAGCCGAGAAGAUUAACAGUCUUAAUUUUUGUUGGUUUUACGUAACAGGUUUAACAAGUCGUUACUUUUGAUGCUGUUAUUUGUUUAUCCUCUUAAGGUCAAGUACGAGCAAUUUUUGGUGUUGAUUUGCAGAUCAUUUGUACUUCAACACACAAUGUGUCAUUUGUACAAGUCAGAGGUUCAGUGCCUGUUUACUGGAGUCAGCCUGGUUACAAAUAUCGGCCUCCUCCAAGAUUGGACAGGGGUAAAUUUGAACUAAAAACAGCAUUUACAAAAGAACAUAAUGGUUCUUUUCUUUAGUUUCAUGAUAAAAUGUCCAACAAUCUUCAGUGGUGCAUUAAUCAUAGCGAGAAGACGUUGGCAACGAAUACACAAUCUUGAUGUACCUUCAUUGUAUUUUGUUACAACGUAAUCUAGAACUGAAAUUUGUCCGUGUGAAAUUGUAAUUAUACAGGUAUUAUAUUCAUGGACAUGUUUUUAUCCUACUUAGAUGAAAACGAGACUCAGAUGGCUUUCAGGAAACACUUUGAUGACCAACUGGAGCUUUAUAAAACUGUGGUUAGUAGUUUAAAUGGUUGUUAUUUACUUGAAUUAUCGUAGUUUACCUGACACGUUCGCCUCGCUGCAUAUACUAUUCAGAAUGAAUUUUUGCGUUUGUGGAUUGGUCUUGAUUCUAAUUUUUUUUCCUCAGGCUGUGAUAAGCUUAGUUGAUCAAACAGGCAGAGAAAAGGUAAAACUGCAUGUGGACGACUAAUUCAGCGAUUAAACACCAUAGUAACUGGUAUAUCCUGGUAAUAAAUGGGUUCCCGCUUUUAGAGUAACUUUAUAGGAAGAAAUGUUGGAACUAAACUAAACCAAAGGGGCAUUUAACAGUUGAAGGCUUAGUGUCCUAGCGUUUGAGAGAACGUGAGGCUGAGGUUGACCUUGUUUUGGUGGGAACCUCUUUCCCGCUUUACUCAUAUAUUACAGAGUUUUUAGUGAGCACCUGGGUUUUUAUUCGAGUUAAUAGAGACCUUUAGAAUCGAGGACGAGAACGACGACGAGUACGAGAUUUAAUGUGAAGUUUUUUCUCACACUGUCAAAUAAUAGACACUCAGAAAAGCUUCAUUGCGCUUUUUUUCAUCAGAAAAGUUAGCACUGUUUUCUUUAUUGAAGGAGGUUAAACCCUCUCCCGAUCACAAAAUGGUAAAAUUUCUUACAUUUGAUAACUUGUUCCCGCCACUACGACAUUCUCGCUAAAACUCGGAGUAGAAUGACGACGCGUAUCGCGUUUUCCCGGCGAAAUGACGCUGAUUCACGCGAGAGCACUACUUACUAUUGAGAAAAUCUGGUACUCGUAGUCGUCCUCGUCUUAGAAUCUAAAGGUCUGUACUACGAUAUUGAAGUUCACAAACUUCAAAAUCGAUCAUAAUGACUUACAAAAGCUUCCUCGGGUGAAAUCAAAUUACAAAAAUGAACGUAGUUGAAUUCUAAAAUUUCACCUCUUUCAAGCCGUGUGGUGACGUUGGUGAUUUGAUGGUUAGUUCUGAGACUAUCUACCUUUUUUAGCGCGACAAAAGAAAACAAAUCUUUUGGGACUAUAUUUGCACGUCCAUUACCACAACAAUCUUUCAUUCUUAGCCUGUUUUAUUUUCAUUAUUAUUAAUUAUUGUUGUUUUUCCUAGAUCAUAAGUGAUGUUUUCAUGGACAAUAUCCUUGCCUAUAACAGUCCUUUUCUUACCUAUAUCACGUUUGAUUUUCAUGAGUACUGGUAAGUAACUUAUCAAACACAGGACGGUCUUUUAAUAGUUAAUAUAGUAGCAGAGCGUUUUUUUUUUCAAGGUCAAGGCACAUCUGAUAAUGGUUUUAGACGUUGUGAUUUCAAGCACGAGGUACAGUGUAUUAUCAGGUAUCAUAAAUCGAAAAAAGAUUUGAAAAUACGACGCGUAGCGGAGUAUUUGGCAAACGUUUUAUUGUUGUUGUUGUUGUUUUUUUUUUGUGGUGCGGCCAAAUCCAUUUGUUAAUAGCCACAUUGUGAACCCUCGUUAGAAACUCUUUGUCGCUGCAAAGCGGCUCUUUAGCUUUUGAAGGAAGUAAAAUAAGGUUAGAAUCUUUGAACUAACUGGUUUUUGUUUCUUACAGCCGUGGCAUGAAAUUUGAAAAUGUUUCGGUACUGGUGGAGAGCAUCCUUGAAGUUUUAAAGGAAGUGAGAUAUUGCUGGUGAGUUUCUUAUAAUCGGGGCCCGGUUGUUCGAAGGCUGAUCAGCGCUAACCCAGGGUAAAAUUUUAAACCAGGUUUCUUUUUCCUUUGAUCAAAAGCAUUUUCCCGUAGCCUGUGUACAGGCGUCCCCGCUCCCUCAGAAAAAAUCACGUCUCUUCUCCCGAUUUUUUCUUAGGGAGGGGGGACGUCUGUACACAGGCUAUUUCCCGGAGUAAUUUUCUCUAUUCUUUUUAGAAAAUGCAAUCAUCAAAUCGUAGACAAAAAGAAUAAAAAAAAUUAAUUUGAUUUGUAAGCUUUCAUAUCUGAAUUCAAAUUUCGAACUAACCCUGUGUUAUCUUAACCCUGCUUGGAACAAACCGACCCGGAAGCAUAAGAACUAGCUUGAAAGUAUGCGGUCGAGACAAAUGCGAAAAAAGAGAUCUUUCCAUGGAAAGGAUCACCCUACAUGUAUCUUACCCUCUGGCAAAUAGGAAACUAUUGAACUGUAAUUAUGAAAUUCAAAAGUACAGUUUCUCUGUCCCGGAGUCCAGUAGGUACAUGUAUGAACAUUUUGUUAAGUUUGCGAGGCCCCCACAGUUGCGUGCUGUUUACAACAAUCUAGUAUACUUACCUCACAUACCUUCUCCAUAUUAUUUUCGUAAUGUUUGGCAGAGGCUCUUGUAAAUGUUUUGAUGAUACUCCCUAGCAAUGGCUUCCUCUGCAUGCUAGUUCCCGUUUAUCACCGUGUAGUCUGUCCUGUACGCUUUUUUCUUUUAAUUCGUACGCGCGCUUUACUAUCUUUAACGAAAAAGCAGGUGUCUGAAUACACCGACUAGCGUAAUACCGAGUAUUGCAUCUUGUCUUUAUCCCUCUUUGUCUUUAAGGACGGAUGCCAAGGGAAUAAUCUGUGAUCAGCGAGGCGUGUUCCGUGUUAACUGUAUGGAUUGUUUGGAUAGAACAAAUGUUGUGCAAGCAGCUUUAGCACGACACAUUAUGGAGCAACAGGUAACCAUACUGUGAAUAAAUAAUCCGGAAAGGGCACAACUAACGCCCCUUUUGUUAAGUGAUUUAUCCGGUUUGCAGCCCUGUCAAGCUUUUAAACACCUGGGAACCUGAAUGAUUGUUUUUGUAACUAUCCGUAGCUAAAGAAACUAGGCAAGCAGCUCCCAGAUCAAAUCCUCCCCACAUCUAUCAGGACGGCAUUUCAGGAAAUGUGGGCCAGUAACGGGGAUGCCAUCAGUCGACAGUACGCUGGUACUGCAGCGAUGAAGGUACAGAAUUAAUUGUCUUCUUUAGUAGCAUAUGACUGAUACGUGUUUAUCACCAACUCACACUCACGAGGUCCAGAUAUUCUACUAGGCCCAGUUGGCCGAAGGCUGAUUACCUCAAAAUUAAUCCGGGUUUCUUUUUCUUUAUUCAAAAGCAUCUUGUUACCAGAAAAUUUUCGCUAUUCUUUUCAGAGCGUCCAAACAAAUUCAGUGAAUUUGCCUUUUAAACUUUCAAAUCUGAAUUUUCAAUUUCGUACUAACCCAGGGUUAUCUACACCCAGAUUUGUACAAUCCAGCCCUUUUAAGCGAAGCCCUCUGAGUAAAACUUAACAGUUUUACUAGCCUGCGUAGCAAGCGUUUCCGUGCGGUUUCGGGGUAAACAACGAGGAACGAGAAAAGACCUCGCGAAAAAUGGUGCUAGUAAAAGAGCGGGGAGGGGGUGGGGAAGAAAGGAAAGGAAACGCUCCCCUCCCACUCCCCCCUCUUUUUUUGGCUCUCGUUCCAUUUCUCGCGCGGCCAAAACCGAAAAUCCUGUUUUUUCCAAACGAAAACGCUUGCUACGCAAGCUAAAGUUCUGCAAUCAGAGAGGGUUCUGUGUUCUAUUUACAUCAUGGCAGUUUAAUAUCUGAUCCAGUUAUCACUAAUAUAUGCCACUUGAAUUGCCCGUUGCUUUCACUCCAUGUAGGACCCGGAUUUUUCUUAGGCGAUGAAUGUUGUAACCGCCCUAUCUCGUUUUACAUGAUAAAUGUUUUCUGGUUUCUAGGGAGACUUCACCAGAACCGGAGAGAGAAGGUUUACAGGUGUGAUGAAGGAUGGUUACAACUCCGCUAACAGGUUUGCUUUCUUACUUUGGGAUAUUCAUCUUUUUCUAAUGAUGAAUGUAUAAAUGUUAUAUAUUAUAAAUUAUAAUAUUUCUUCCUUCCCGGGUAUAUUACGACCCAAUAAAUUUAAUGACCAGCUCCCACUUGGCUUAUAAUUCAGACUUCCUUUUCGAAACUGCAUAAGUAAUGAUCUUCUCGUCAUUUAUUUAUUCAUCUAAUAAGCGUUAUUAUGUAUAUUCCACAGUGGCUUCUAAUUGUGUAACUCACUAUCUGCAAUACAUGUACUCUGUUUAUUGUUUUUAAGAGUGUUGCUUUCUCUCUGUGGCUCUGCAAAAAAUGUAGCAUUCGUUAUAUUGAAGGUGGACUCAGAUAACAAUAAAGCAUUUCUCUUUUUUGUUGUAGAUAUUACCUAAACAGAUUCAAGGCUGCUUACAGGCAAACGUUGAUUGGUGAGUUUCUUUUGACUGUCCAUAAACGACCACAACGGGACUAAGUGUAGUCGGGCGUAGUGACUACUGGAAAAGCUGAGUUGAAUUGGUGUUUAAUACCAGUGUGUUUGCUUUUUUGUUGUAGACGUCAUGCUUGGAAACCCAGUGUCUGAGGACAUAGCAGCGCUGAUGGCAGCCAUGAGAAACGGCCCUGAAGAGGAACAAUGGACAAUGGAAAGAGAGGAGUGCGUGGCUCAGCUGGUACAGCACUGCAAACAACUGCUUCUUACUGAUGAGGAGGAAUGCAUUAAUGGAUGGGCUUUGGUUGAUCCAUUUUACAGGUAGAACGUUUAAGGUUACCACUACUAAUCAUUCAAGUGAUCCUCAGACCAAUCUACCCUACCCCUCUCCCACCCACCCGUCAGGGAAGCUUACGCAACAGGACGGGAGAGGAAAGACGACGGCAAACCUUGUGUGACAAGCGUGACAAUAAUUCUGUUUGAAAAAACCUUCCGGCAAACUUUACAUUCCUUUCAACAGAUCUUUUCGUAGAAGAGCUUAAAACAACAAUGUUAAGUGAAUUUCCUACAAAACACGCAAGUAAUAGCCCCGCCACGUUUGUCACACACAAACGUUUUGCCGUCCUCUUCUUUCUGCCGUCCUGUUGCGUAAACUCACUAAAAAACUGACAUUCAAAAUCCCCAAUUUUCCUUUUUUAAAAUUUCUGAAAAAGACAUGAUACCAUUUGCUUAGUCUUACAAAUAGCUGUAAUUGGAAUGGUCAGACCAAAGAUUCUUGGAGAGACUCAAAUGUUAGAAUUAACGUGCACAACGUGACGUUUGCUUCACUUGAGUGUACGUCUCAAUAGCUUUCAUUUGAGUUUCCUAGGUUUAGAUCUACUCAUUAAAAUAUUCGGACCAAUAUGCACAGAAAGAUAGCCGCUCGGCAAUAUUAUGUUUUCAUUUAAAUUAUCGCAUUAUAAGAAGUCACUGGUCGCACUUUAAGAUUCCACUCAAAGACUCAAUAGUCAUAUAACCACCUUUUUAGUAUGAUGUACCGACAAUAAUACAUUUUCCUUUGUAGCACGGAUGGAGAGGUGAAUCAAGAUCAGGAUGUGAUUCUUCUGCUCACUUUCCAAGCUUACUAUGUGGCUAGGUAAGCUGGAUGAUGUUUCCUGUUUGUUUGUUUGUGAAACUUAAAAUUUAGACGGAAAUUGAAAAAAAAUAACAAUACUUUUCCAAAUAUCAAGAACCCCUUGUAUUGAUGCUUUUGAGGUUUGAAAAGCCUGUGUAAGUUGAUUAAAUUCAGAAUAACAAUAAUUAAAUUUCAUUCACUACUACAGUCAUCUUUUAUUGGUGUUUUGGAGGUACUAGAGUGUAUUUCCGCCAGGACUGCAGAUGCUAACUUACGUCUUUAGCCUUUGAUUCCUUCAUUUUGCAUAGACCAUCGUUCCCAUUUUCCCUCUUUCCCAUUUUCCAGCUCCUUACUUUAUCGACUGCGUUAAUGUACUGUUUUUUUUAAUAUGCAGCUAUGAUGACGAGGCCGAGAGAAUAACUCAGUAUGAACGCAUCGCCCUUGAAGACUUGGAGAAGGUCGAGAUUGGUGAGUGCUUCAUUGCAUGCCGUUGUAACAUACAUACAUACAUGUUAUUUGUUUUUAAGAUUGAUUUUAAUAGUGACAAUUACUAAAACUGACAUAAUGACUAGAGACUACUGAUACACUAAACAAUAUCAGUAAUUACAACCACCAGUUAAUAAGAGGAAAAUAAAGUCAACUUCACUUUUUGAACGAUCUCUGGGAGAUCAAUAUAAUGGUCGUCUGAAGCUAUGACGUCAAAAAGAGUUAGUUUUGUUUUCCUCCUAAAGGCAUUAUUCGAAAGAUUUGUGAAAGUUACAGGCAUUUCAUUCCAUAUUUUUGUUCCGAUUCUAGAAAACGAGUGAAACCACUCACAUGAAAAAAACACGUCUUUCAGACAUUACGUUUCCUCUGCUUUCAAUUACUGCAAUACAUUAUUAACCUCUGUUUAUUGAUUUAGGACAUGAAGCAAGUUUCAAAACCAAGUACCUCUUUACUCGUAUAUUUCGGCGGCAUCAGGGGAACUCAGGUUAUUUCCACACCCUUCGAACCAUACAGCAUCGAACAGCUGAAGAUGCAAGAAGUAAGUUACUCUGCAGGUGUUUAUUCGUGCUUAGCACGUCCUCAAAUAAAGCAUUGAUUCUCGCUGCUGUGAAACGCGGUCUCGAGGACCAUGUUUUGGUCAGAUGUCCGGAUAUCCUGUUGAAACUGCAGUACAAUCUGCUUAAGUUGUCAUAACCCUUGCAGACAAUACUAGUGGAUCAUUUCUUGUGUUCCUAUUUGUUCUUAGUUAUGUCAGGAGUUUGUUUGCCUUGCUACAUGAGAUAAGAAAAUCUCGCACCAUUUCGUUGACAUAUCAUGACGAAGAUAAACUAGCUUUCGACUUCCGAUUGGCUCAUUCAGUGAGUGCUUUUCGUUUUAUCAUUUUUUUACUCUAUUGGAAGUGACAAUAGUAUUUUCUCCAUUUUAGGUGUUUUGCUGUGCAUUGCGGAUGCAUUUGCCACCGCCAGAGCAUCGCUAGACCUGGGUUUAAAAGUCACCGAGUGCCGACUUGACAGGUAAAGAGAAAAUCCAUUUGAAUUGGAGCGGGGUAAUUCAAUUUGGUGAUUCUCCUCGUAGAGCAGUUGUAGGGGCAUUUCAGAUUCAGAUUUUUUUUUGUACUGUUACAAGAUGUUCAAUUCAUUUUAAUUCCAAUUAUAGAAUCUGUACAUGACGUCCUCUAGUGAGGCAACCAUUGAGACAAAGCCUCUUUGGUUCUAGUUCUCCUUGGUUCCAUUUGUUUGUAAUAUUUUUGUUUUGUUUUUUUCCGCCCACUCAAUCGGAAGUGGAAGGGUUGAGAGUUCCACACGUUGCAGACCUGAGUCCACAUACUAAGAUUUGAUAAAGAUCAGUAGCGCAUAAUUCUCCAAAAAUAGGGUCUUAUAGGUGUCGCAGCACAAGUCUAAAAAUAGAGUAAAUUUGGCAGUACAACACUAAUCGGCCAGAUAGAGGUUCAUGGUUUCUCGCCCUCUAAGGGUUUUGGAAACUGGUUUAAUUGUUUUCCCGUAACACUUUGUCAACAAUAUGAUAAUUUUUUGGAACGAACAAAGAAUUUUAGUAUAUCAGCCGAAUAUUUAAUAAGCUGUAGCUCAGGCUCCCGGAUAAUAGCCCCUGGUAGAGUAGAGUUCGAGACUUGUUACAUCAAUGUAUGAAAUCCAGUUAGUCCUUUCCUGGGUCAAGACAUGCGCCAGAAGAAUAAAUUUAGUUCCAGGAAAAGUUUUGAGGUAGGUAACCUUAUUUACCACAUGCGAAUGUUUUUGUGUACAGCAGUCGAGGAAAGUUUGGAAAGUUUACUCGUAGAUGUGGGUAAUGGUCGGUUCAUGAGUCUUGUCAAGAUAUUUUGUUGGCUUUUCCUCCUCCUCCUGUUCCUCAUCCCUCUUCUCCUUUGCUAAAAAAUUAAUUUUCGUUUCAUAUCGUUACAGAAGGAAAAGCAAACCUUCACCUAGCUUGAUUCAAAUUUCUUCCAAGUCCUGCCUCAGUAGCUGGUCAAGUACAUCUCUUCGACCAAAGAGCAAUUCUGCUACCGAUCGCGCUCUGGAUGACUCAUUUUUUGCCUCCAUAAAACGUGCAAAGCCUGGCGGACUUCCUACUUCUUUCUCGGACCCGUGUCUCGUCAAGAGAGUCUUGGAAGAUUCAGAGCAGUUCAAGAUUGCUAGCUCCAGUGCUCCGCAGAGUUGUUCUGGUAGCUCAGGUAGUGAAGUCGAAGAUGAUGACUCUGGGGAUACUGAUGAAAUGGAACAUUUUGAUCCAUCGGUCAAAAACUCUGGUCAGGGAAAGGAUGAUGGGCAGAAGUUGGCAAAGGGAGCUUGUGUCAAUGGAGAUGUUCUCUCGGAGGAUAAAAUUGAGAAUGACAAAAUUGGUCUGAGAAAGAAGGAACUUCAGGAAGAAAGCUGUUCUGAUCAACUAGAAACUUCGAAGGAAUGUGGAUUUGUUGUUGGGGAAGACACCGUAGAGAGUGUAGAGGACGUUGUAGGUGCUAACGACCAAGAAGUGUACGCGGGAGAGGAAGACAUAAAAGAAAGAGGGAAGGACGUAUAUCAGAAUAGUAGAGAUAAAGGAAGUAGCAUUAAUCAAAUAACAAAUGGCGAGUCAAAGGAAGUACACUCAAACGGACACAGUGACACCUCUGAACGUGGCAGUAAAAACGGUGAAAUUGAUUCACUUCAAACACAAGAAAACAGUAAUCUUAAUUCUAAUGAACUGAGUGUCAGGUUUAAAGAAAACGACGAAGUUCAUCGAAUUAGCUUCCACGGUACGACUGCCAGUAUGAGAGUCAGUCAUUCGAGCGUCGAACUGGGAACAAUGGCAACUGCUAUGGAAAGCGAAAACAGAGACGAUAAAAGCCCAGAGAGGAGACGAUUCGGGGCUCGUUUCCCUGGAAAUCGAGGCUUAAAACUCUUCGCCACUGCGCAGGCGCGUGGGCGCACCCUCAUACCAGAACUGCGUAAUAAGCUGUCUUCAUUUUCUCAGCAAGUUCGAUCACGCUCACCGCGAUCGAGCGCCAAACGACCGAGCCUGCACACUGAACCUAACACUGAACAGAGGAAGUUGAGAAGAAAGUGCCGAACUAAAAUUAUUGAAUUAUGAUGCAUGGGUCAGCUUAUUUUAGGUCACGCUACUUUUCUUUCACCCGUUUCGUCGAAACCCAAAGGGCGCGCCAUGCAUCACAGUCUUGAUGUGAAUCUAAAUGACACAGCCUUGGAUUAUUGUGGUAAAGUUGUAGUGAGAUAAAAACAAUAAAGUUUGGGUGGUUGGGCUGUUCAUGAGCAAUGUAAGUGCACUGGAAGAUUAAAGGGCUCUGACAAGGCUAUUUGGCAUUGUGAAACUGUUUUUUACCUGAGUUUGGUCAAAAGGCAACACUGAGGAUAAUAACAGCAACAACAAAACAACAAAGUUAGGGACGGAGAAGAUUAAUAUGGCCUUUCCAACCCUCCAUAUGUUCCUUAGAAUAUUUGACCGUAGAUAAUUAGAAGUAUGUUAAGAUGCAUGAUGAUGGCUAAGGGCGAGUCUUUCCCUUUCUAUAAAAACGUUUUAGGAGAGCGAAGACAGUGAUAAUGUUAGCGCAACCAUUUAAAGGUUUGUUUUAUAUUUUUUCUUGCGUUUUUAGUUAAUUAGACUAAAACAAUAAUGAUAAAUCUAAUUUCAAAUAUCUUGAUCUUUUUUUGCAAUUCGUUGUUCUUGGUGUUUUUGUUGUGAUGGACACCAGAAAUCGUCCUCAGUUUUACUAGUGAGGGGCACAUAUUUCGCCUACAGUCCCUUUACAGUUCAUCCUUUCACAUCUUAACAUUAAACAGGCCGACACAGCUAGUGAAAUCUAUUUAAAUUUUGAACGUCUAUUUUAUUUUUAAUCUACACCAGAAAAAAAUUGUAAUUAAAAAAUAAUGAGUUCAAACGUCGUUCUUGCCGUCUCUAUGAUAAUCAUUAUUUAGUAAUAAAAUUAAAUUCAAGUAUUGGUCAAAGAUUUUAUGUGUAUUUAGGC